ACGACAUAUUUUACGCGUCCAUGUUAAAAAGUUUCUUAACCUUUGCGAAUGCUUAUGGGUGAAUGUUUAUGGGCAAUAUUGUCAUUUUUUGAGAUAUUUUAUAUAUUAUGCGAAUUGGUCCCUGUAUGGAACGGAAAUGAAGCUAAUGUAAAAAGAGAACUGUCUCAGAAGUUUAUAUAUUUUACGACUCUCAUGAAAAACGUUGAAUUGAAUUUAUUUUAUUUAACUGUAAUAAAAAUGGUCCAUGCUCUACCUGCACUGUUAAAAACUGGCAGGGGAAUUUAAUGUAAUAUAACAGAAGCAAAUUUCAAGCAGUUAUAGAUACAUUAAAUUUAAUGUAUAAUUUAAAAAUACAUUGAAUUGAAUGACAUUUUUAACAGUGUGCGCACUUUACAAUGCGGUUAUUUUUGACUCGAUCGAUCAAAAAUGCCGGGUUGCGCAGCUGUCGGAUGCAACAAUCGCAGCGAAAAAGGAUAUAUUAUGAAAUGUUUUCCUCGUGAUCCAAACUUAAGAAAAAUCUGGCAGGAUCGCGUCGCUAGGGCCGAUUGGGAACCAUCUAACAAUUCCUUUCUUUGUCAUGUACAUUUUGAACCAGAGGAAUGGUCUAUAACUCAAAAUGGAAGACUCAGACUAAGGAAGAAUGCUAUCCCAUCUAUUUUCACCGUAACAUCAACCAGAAAAUCCGCCAGAAAGCGUAAUAAGCUAACAAAUGUCAAAAGUGAAAACGAAUGUGAAAACGAUUAUAUGACGGAGUCUUUAGAAAAUGACACCGAAUAUUCGUCUAUCAGCCACUUGGAAGAGAAGGAUUCCGAUUUGCAAGAUGUCGACAAUCCAGCUAUAUGGUCACUUGUGUAUCAACCAACAAAUCAAUCUCCGAAAAAGAUGGAAAUUAAACAACCUUCUGAUACACAUUAUAUAGAUAUUACGGAUGAUCUUCAGCAGGAAAAUAUUAUUAUAAUUUCAGACGAUAAUAGCAUGAAGAUAGAGAGUAAUACCAAAGAGAAUGACGUGUUUGAAAAGCAGGCGAGUACAGAUAAUAAAAAGUCUAUUAGCAAUUUUGUAACGAAAAGAAAUUCACCUAGUAACCAGAAUGAGAAUAUUGCUGUAAAAACGGAAAUAAAACUAGAUGUCGAUCAAAUCUUUAACGACAGUUACGAUGAAAUAGAAGAGAAAUUAAAGCAAAUUUGCGACGAUCACCGUGAAGAGAAUAAUACGGAGAAACUAAAUCCAAUUUCUAGAAAUCGGAAAGAAACUUUUGACAAAUCGAUAACACAAUUACCAUUUCACAAAAGUAUAAAUUAUAAAUAUUCGUCAAGGCAUGAAAUUGGAGAUAUGCUUAUCGAUAAUAGAGAUAAUAUUGAGAUUAUCUUUGGUAGUGAAAGCGGAGAAGAAUUUGCACGCGUUCCUAGGUAUACAUUUUACAACAGUGAAACUAAUGAAAUUGACAAACGUACACCAAAUGUCAAUAAUAUUACUGAUGAUAAAGAAAUCAACGAAACUUUUCCUGAACAUAUAGAAGAAGCUUUUAGCGGAGAGGAUAUACACAUCGUAUCAAACAUGAGAACUGUUGUAAAGUGCAAACGGAAAAUUCGAGAAGAAGUUAUGAGAUCUAUAAAAAGGUCAGUUCAAGAUGCAUCCUUCCGAGAUACAAAUUCUGUGAGUAACAGCGAUGCCUCAGACAUCAUGGAAAAUAAAGUGAAGAAAGAACUGAAUCUAUCUGAAAUUUCGCAAUAUAGUAAUAAUGAUGCUGUGUCGGAUGCGAAAUUUAUAGUGAAAGUAACGGGUGAUCGUGAGGAUGUUUUUGACAUUAUGCAUGAUUUGUUUAAAGAUACGAAAGAUUUUACUAUUCAAGAACACAAAAAUACUUGUUUACAACAAGAAAAUAAUGUUACCUCUAUCAUAACGAUAGAUGAUUGCUCGAUGGAAACGGAUUCUAUAGAUAAAAGCAAUAUUGAUAUCUUUUCAACUUUGUCAACUUUGAAAAAUGAAUGCCUAAGUACGAGAUUACUAUCGUCGGAUGUAGAUAUGGAUGAAGACAUGAAUAGGAACAAGAAUUUGGACAUGAAUAACACUAUCAUUAAUGGCGUUACCGAACAAUCGAUGACCAAUAAUAUUAGUAAAUGUGAACACGAAAAAUUACAACGGAAAGUAAAACUGCAAGAGACCGUUAUCAGACAACUAACUAAUCAACUCAUCUUACUUAAAGAUUUGGAGAAAAAACUGCAAGAUAAAAAUGUGAUGCUCAAAGCAAAGACGAAGGAAAUAGAAAAGAAGAUGAAUGAAUUGAAUAACAGUACGGACGACACGCCACUUUCGAUUAAUUACAAACAAAUGGAUAUGAAACAAAGAUUGAUUUAUGAUUUAUCAAACAGGAUGAAUAAUCUUGAAGAGAUGAAUAAAAAGUUAAUGAAGACUAUAACUAUAGAAUGUCAACAAAAGAGGCAGUUGGAAAAUCAGGUUAAGCAGAGAGACAAGCAAAUAAAAGAGCUUAAUUGGAAAUUGGAGAAGGCUUCGAAAUAUCUCGAGCGAGCAGAGAAGAAUACAAAUACAUAUAAGAGGAAGAUGUUGAAUAUGCAAACUUUUAUACGAAGAAAGAAGCUUUUGGACGAGAAUACGAGUAGAUUUCACGAAAUAAUAAUAGAUAGUAUGAAAGAAAACUAUUCAGAGAAAGUUUUGGCAAUGGCGAUAGAAAUUCAAGAAAUCUGUGGUACGAAUGGAUACAAAAAACUGUUAAACUACGGCUUUCCACUUCCAGCGUUGUCAGUCUUGCAAGCUCCCCUAAGUGAUUGUAUCUCAGAUUCCAGGAAAAAUAAUAAAAUUCAGGGAACAAUUACUUUAAAACAAAAUACAAAUGAAGAACGUGAUAUUCAGUUUAUAGAAAACGACAUGAAAGUUAAUGAGAAAAAUCAUGUGGAAAAUAUAACAUCGCUUUGUGAAGAAGUUGCGAUGGACGAUACAGAAACUGUAACAGGCACGGUUCAAGAUAUUUUCGAAGAAAAUGACGACAUAGAUGAUUUCAGUACAAAUGAAUUGAGAGAACAUUUUAUUUUACAAUUGAACGAAGUUAUAUAAUUACGUGCAUUCUAAUAAAAUUAUAUGUAAUCUCUUUUAUCUUCGAAAUAUGUAUAAUGUAAUAAUAAUAAUAAUAAUAACAUACCAGAGAUGUAUGAUUUGAAUGUAUCAUUGUAAAAUAAUCAUCGGAUAUAAAAUGUUAUCGAUACUAUUAUUUAUUGUAUAAUAUUUCAUUAUAGCUCUGACUUAUCUCAGGAUAUGAUAUAACUUUAUGUAUAUGCAAACACGUGUACAGAUAUUUUUAAAAAUGAUAAAUUGCACUUUUGA